AUGAGCUCGUUGUCCCCGCAUGACAUGUCGAGCACACUUACCACUUCCACCCCGAUAUCGACCCCAGGCCGUGGUCGUGGUCGUGGUCGUGGUCGUGGUCGUGGUCGUGGUCGUGGUGCCUCCUCGUCCACUCACCUAUCGCCCGGAAAGGCUCCAACAGUCGAACACGAUGUCCAGGGCACUCUAUCCAUUGACAAUGCAACACCUACCGGUGCCGAUGACCUGGGCCGGAGGGUUGAGAAGCGCGGUCAUCCCUAUGGCACACGAACAAGCAAUACCGACAGAAAUCCAGGCCUCUAUCCAGGCUUGAAGUGGCGAGAAGACAAGGCUGAAAACGCUAGGAAGGUCGCUGAAACUCAAGCAAAGCUAGACGAGUCUACGAAGCGCAAAGCGGCCAAGGUCGCACAGCAUGAGCGAGAAGAGGCAGGCUCCCGCCGUCUAGCAGCUCUCGAGGAUGCGCGGUAUUUGGAAGAGCAAGAGGAAGAAGCGUACCUGGGAAGAACCACAGUCUCUGCCCACAACUCCCGACGCGAAGGCGCUUCGAGCGCGCCUACAACAACUGCCGACGCGUCUAUGGAAGUUGACGACCAGGCGAUUGGCCACCACGGCAUCGAAGGCACGUUCGCCGGAAUCUAUGAAGAACCAGAAGAUGAAUAUGAAGAACGUGCUUCUGAGGAGGAUGAGACACAGUCACGUCAACUCCGCCGCAAGUCACGGCGUCGAAAUGAAGUCCUCGGGAAAAUCGCGACGUCUCACCAACUCAAUGUCGAAGGUGUGCACAUAAGUGAAGCAAACACUGGCACGCCUGCAAAGCGACGGGCUGAGGAUGUGGAGGGGGGCAAAAGACCGCCGAAGAAGCCAACUGUCAGCGCGUUCAAUGAUGAUUGGGCGGCCUUGUCACCAGCUGGGUCGCGAUUGUUAUCCGUCGCUCACCCACCCUCAUCUUCCAACUCACGCCCUUCUUCCAUCUCUCGCACAUCUUCUCGCGCUGGCUCUCAAGUCGACACCUCUGCGCACGAUUCCUGGAAGGCGAUUCUUCUCAGCAAAUUAGGACCACCUGCAUCUCAUGGGGUGGGUAUGGACGAAUUCUUGCAAGGCAGCAAGACAUCACAAUCUGGAACCGUUGUUCUAGAGGAGGAACAGAUUGGUGGGUUACAGGACGAUGACAUUGAAUUUGAGCGACCUACAGGUACCGCUGGAUCUGCCGGCAGCUGGAAUACAUCGAGCACACCGACUGUGGAGUUCUACGGUGAGGUUUCAAGCCUUACGAAGACCAAGCGGACUGCGAAGAGAGACAUGCCAGAAGAACAGUCGCUCUCCGCCGACAACCUCCCGGGAUGGAUCAAGCCCGUGUGGCCCCAGGUUUCUGCUUCCCUUUGCGCAUUCUAUGGUGCCGAGGAGAACCCAUGGGUUCUGGACCGGAACGAGGAAGACCCGGCCCAUUUCGACAACGUCUUGAAGGUCCUCCUCGAUGCGCUCUUCCCCGAAAAGCAUUAUAUUGCUGAUUCGAGUGAUCAGGUAUACAAGAUUGCCCGCCAAGCUAUUUACAACUGGCGGCGUGCUUUCGCAAAUUCGGCACGUGCAGCCGUCAAACAAGCCGUCAAAGCCCGCCAUGGUAACCCCCGACAGGUGAUAAGAGAAAGUGUUGCGGCCUGGGCCAAAUCCGCGAACAGUCACGGCGGCGAGGCGCACUGGGAGAACCCUGACACCCGCAAGGACGGCGAACCCUCUGGCGCCCUCCAAUCAAGAUAUAUGCUGCAAUCAUUCGCGGGGCACGUACGUCGUACAGAGAAGUCGCUUUUCAAGAAUCUCGGCCUCCCUAUCGGUGCUCUAACACUUGCCUGCACAGCGGUCGACUACGCAUUCCGGCACUACUAUACAGGGGUAGAAGCAGCGCCGAAGGGGCUUCGGCGUUUCGAUUACGACACCGUGGGCCAUAUGAUGGAAGAAUGGUACGAGUUGACAGUCAAGCCUCUUGCUGACACGAAGCCGCACCGAUUCAAGGCUCUCGUCGCUCGCGCACGCGAAUGGGGCCGGGCUCAGGCUGUCUCAAAUGAGUCUGACUUUCGGUCAGAGUCCACGCAGCCAGAGCAUUAA